AUGGAUCCCUUUCGUGUGCGCCUCAACUGCAUCGACCAUUAUCAGGCUACCGCGUCCGAGUUGGACCCUCCACUGCCCUUUCGAGAUGGCGCAUCUGAGAAAACCUAUCGGCCUCGAGUACCGGUAAUUCGAGUAUUCGGUGCUACAGAAACUGGCCAAAAGAUAUGCGUUCAUGUUCAUGGCGCGUUUCCAUACUUGUACAUCGAGUACACCGGGUCACUCGAACCCGAAGCAGUAAAUUCGGCGAUUCGUACACUUCAUCUAUCUAUUGAUCAUGCUCUGGCUGUCAGUUACCGGCGUAAUGCCUAUGAUCAGAAGGUCGCGUAUGUCGCGCAUAUCACCCUUGUGAAGGGGACACCUUUCUAUGGGUAUCAUGUGGGCUAUCGGUUCUUCUUCAAGAUUUAUGUUCUCAACCCUUUUUACAUCACCCGUUUAGCCGAUCUCCUCCAUCAGGGCGCGGUUAUGAAACGACCGCUGCAGCCUUACGAAAGUCAUAUGCAAUACGUCCCGCAAUGGAUGUGCGACUACAAUUUGUACGGUUGCAGCUACAUGAACUGCAGCAAAGUCAAGUUUCGAGCACCGGUACCUGAGUAUCUGGAAUUGAAUGAUCCAGAUCAUCGAUGGCAUGACCGGUCUAUUGGUGCUGAAAGCAUAUCCGAUGAUCCCGCUCUUGGGAAACAGAGCCACUGCCCUCUGGAGGCUGACGUCUGUGUGCAAGACAUCCUCAAUCGACACGAUAUUAGGGAACGUCCGCUACAUCAUGACUUUACAGAGCUCCUUAAACCAGUCGCCGUCAAUGAGCGACUCGUUCCUAGCGUAGCUGGGCUAUGGCAGGACGAGACGCGGAGACGCAAGAAGAGAAUGGGCAUAACUGACCCUGGGAGUACUCCAUUUGGGCCCGAGGAAUUGAUUUCGAUGUCCGCCGAUCCCAGAAACCAGGCCAGGGGAGGAUGGAUCCACGAAGACGAGUUUCAUGAGAUGGCGCUUCAGAUUGCCGAAGACGAAAAGCGUGAAGAAAACGACAAGAAUACUUCACUUGACACCUUCCUGAAUGAUGAUAAGAAUGCUGCCAAUGUGAAAACUGCCUUGAGUAGUGUUGAAGAUUUCUUUCCAGAGAGACUUGAGAAGGCAACCUUUGAGACCCAUUCCCAGAAUCCUGAAGUGCCAGUUGAUAUUUCUAUCGACGAAGAAUUUAUUCUCUCUCAACCGAAUGGUCCAUUUGACGAUCAUGAUGACAUAGAUGGAGCUCUAGGAGAGGGCAUCGAAGUCGGACGUCUAAAACCGUCGGCAAAUGCUCACGAAGAAAGUUUCUAUGACGGUGUAUUCGAUGAUUUUGCUGAUGUGAACGCUCCCACCAAUAAUGAGGCCGACGAACAAAGACCUGAAGAACCUGUCAACAGUGUUUCAACCAAGGGUUAUUCCUUAUCAGCAGCCUCGGCUGAGGAUCACGAAGCUGGACCAAAUGGCAUCAGCGAGAGCCAAAUUAUCAUCAAACGCAAGCAUGACGAGUUUAAUUCGCCUGAACAGUCAUUUAUCAAGAAACCCCGGUUCUGGAGCAGCUAUGAGCCGUCAAAGGAAACAGGUCUCAAGGACAAGGUACAAAACGAAAACGAAGGAUCUAAAGAUACCCUACCCAAAAUUGGCUCAUCAUCAGAGCCAAAGUCAUCUUCCUCUCAGAAAACAGUUCGUCCCAAGCUACAUACAUCCGACACUCGAUUGAACUUUCCAGUCGUGAAGGAUCCCAAUGAUCCGCUCACAAUUCUUCGAUUUAGUCAAUCUGAUAGUCAAUCACCAAAGAAAGCGUCAGAAUCUUCUCAACAUAUCUCAAGUUCAUUUCUAUCUGGUUCUGCGACAAAAAAUCAGGAAAAUGGGGACGAGACAACAUCUUCUUCAUUGCCACACUCUUCAUCCACAGUGGUCCCGAUGCCUGAACUUGAGGGGCAUGUUGCGGAACUGCAAGGAAAACUCUCUGAUUCAUUCAAUUUCUCCUCGGACAACGGCCUUCGCCUACUUCGAUUUGCAGGGCCAGGAACAAACGAAGUGGUCUCUACAAUGAAUAAUUAUGAUCGUCCCUCAGUGGUCUACCAAAAAGCAUACUACAGCAACGAGUCAGACGUACCUGAGAGACCUCGACAAUAUGCCGGACGGGAAUUCCGCUUGGAAAGUGAUACUAUCCAAUUUCUCCCAGAGUUUGACCCGUCAGGAAACCUACCGGGGAUGUUUGGAGAGCACUUCCCCAUUUCCCUCGACGAGGAACAGCAAGGAAAGAUUGAUCGGCACUUGCGAGAAACAUGUACCAUUCGGGAAUGGGAAUUCGCAGCCGUUUCACCAACUCGAUCUGAAGUUAUUGAAUGGUUCGAAAAGCUUGAGACGCCCAGUGAGGAUACGAAAACCGUGGCGAUUGCUCCACAGCCUGAAAGAAGACAGGAGCUGCUCUCGCAAAUAGAAGGACCUACUCAAAACCCAUAUGGCUUCAAAUAUUCACAGAAAAGCAAAAAGACCAGCGUGGAGCAUCAAGCCCAGUACAUGAGCACAAUGAGUCUGGAGGUACAUGUGAAUACCCGCGGAAAUCUGUCGGUGAAUCCAGUGGAAGAUGAGAUUUCAUGCAUCUUCUGGUGCAUCCAGUCCGAAGACGAAGAUAUGGAAGUUAACAGCCACCUCCCUGGCGUUCACGUCGGCAUCAUCUACCAGGGUGAGGGUGAAGACGAAAGACCCGAAGCGAAAGUCUCCAAAGCACUGAAAUACGAGAUGGAGUACGAGCCCUCUGAACUGGACCUGAUCAAUCGCCUUGUAGAUCACGUUCGUUAUUAUGACCCGGACAUCAUCACUGGAUACGAAGUCCACAAUGCCUCUUGGGGGUACGUUAUUGAGCGUGCUCGGAAGAAAUACGACUUUGAUAUCUGCGAAGAGAUUUCCAGAGUCAAGGCCCAGUCGCAUGGAAAAUUCGGCAAAGAAGAUGAUCGAUGGGGACAUGGUCACACUUCCUCGAUUCAAAUAACUGGUCGACACAUGAUCAAUAUCUGGCGUGCCAUGAGCAGCGAGUUAAGCAAUCUGCUGAAGUACACAAUGGAAAAUGUCGUGUUUCACUUGCUGCACCGCCGGAUCCCGCACUACUCCCACAAAGACCUGACGCAAUGGUAUCGCAGUGGGAAGCCUCGAGAUAUCAUGAAAGUCCUUGAAUAUUUCACGUCUCGUGCACAGAUGAACCUCGAGAUUCUCGAAGCCAAUGAGUUGAUCCCACGUACAAGUGAGCAAGCCCGGCUACUCGGAAUUGAUUUCUCUUCCGUUUAUUAUCGAGGGUCUCAAUUCAAAGUUGAGUCGCUCAUGUUUCGAAUUGCCAAACCAGAAAACUAUCUGCUUGUGUCACCGAGCAGGAGACAAGUCGGGCAACAAAAUGCUCUUGAAUGUCUCCCACUUGUAAUGGAGCCGCAAAGCGACUUCUACACAAGCCCUGUCUUGGUUCUGGACUUCCAGUCCCUCUAUCCCAGCGUCAUGAUUGCAUACAACUACUGCUACUCCACAUUCCUAGGCAGGGUAGCAUCCUGGCGAGGUCGGAGCAAGAUGGGAUUCCUUGACUAUGAGCGACAGCCACGACUCCUGGAACUCUUCAAAGAUAAAAUCAACAUCUCGCCCAAUGGCAUGAUGUACGCCAAGCAAGAAGUGCGACAGUCCUUGCUAGCAAAGAUGCUUACAGAAAUCCUGGAAACUCGAGUCAUGGUGAAAACAGGCAUGAAGGCCGACAAGGACGACAAAAUUCUUCAACGUCUCCUUAACAACCGUCAACUAGCUCUCAAGUUAAUUGCAAAUGUCACAUACGGGUACACAUCAGCAUCUUUCUCCGGGCGAAUGCCGUGCUCUGAAAUCGCAGACAGUAUCGUCCAAACCGGCCGUGAGACACUCGAAAAAGCCAUAGCACUUAUUCACUCCGUCGAAAGAUGGGGUGCAGAAGUAGUCUAUGGCGACACAGACAGUCUAUUCAUCCAUCUCAAAGGCCGAACCCGCGAACAAGCCUUCGACAUCGGCGAAGAAAUCGCCCAAGCAGUCACAGACACGAACCCACGACCCAUCAAACUAAAAUUUGAAAAAGUCUACCACUCUUGCGUCCUACUCGCGAAGAAACGUUACGUGGGCUUCAAAUACGAACAUCGGAAUCAGACUGAGCCCGAAUUCGAUGCCAAGGGUAUCGAGACAGUUCGCCGUGAUGGAACACCAACAGAACAGAAAAUCGAGGAAAAAGCCCUCAAGAUCCUUUUCCGCACUGCAGACCUGAGUCAAGUAAAAUCCUAUUUCCAGCGCCAGUGCACGAAAAUAAUGCAGGGUCGAGUCUCCAUCCAGGAUUUCUGUUUCGCAAAGGAAGUUCGUCUGGGCUCGUAUAGUGAUCGUGGCACACUCCCUGCUGGUGCGAUGAUUAGUACUAAGCGUAUGAUUGAGGAUCCACGUCUAGAACCACAGUCCGGUGAACGUGUUCCUUAUGUGGUUAUCACCGGCGCGCCAGGCUCACGACUCGUGGAUCGUUGCGUAGCACCUGAGACCUUGCUUCAUGAUGCUCAGCUUGAUCUUGACGCAGAGUACUACAUCACGAAAAAUAUUAUUCCGCCCCUCGAGCGCAUUUUUAACCUUGUCGGUGCGAACGUGCGCCAGUGGUAUGAUGAGAUGCCCAAGUUUCAGCGGAUUCGGCGAGUUGAUGUCUCUUCGAGGAAUAAGGAGAUGGGAAUUAUGAAACGGACGCUGGAAUCGUAUAUGCGGUCAUCGUCGUGUAUCAUUUGCAGGGCGAAGUUGGCGGAUGCUACUGUUCCUCUUUGUAAUGAAUGUCUUCAGCGUCCACAUUUGACGCUCCUGGAUGUUGUUUCAAGACUUCAACGCGCUGAGAAGCGAGUUGUUGAUCUUGAGACUGUGUGUCGGUCUUGUAUGGGCGUCUCACCCGUUGAUGACGUGAAGUGUGAUAGCUUGGACUGUCCUGUUUUCUAUGCACGCAGCCGCGACGCGACUCAUUGGCGUCAUUCAAAAGCUGUGUUGGAACCAGUGGUUGAAAUCUUGGAGAAGAAGGGAGAUGAGGGGUUGGAUUGGUGA